AGAAAAAUCUGGACAGAAUGGAGAAGCGAAUGAGUUCAUUCGUGCGAUACUGGUGUGAGUCAUGGACAGGACACAUUGGUGAACCACCCGAGCCAGCUGACUUCCUCAAAUAUUUGACAGAAGCUGAUGUUUUCUUGUUCUGCGGCCACGGCGACGGCUGCCGCUUCGCGUCGGGCGGCGCGGGCGCGGGGGUGGAGGGCGCGCGCGGCGCGGGCGUGGCCGUGCUGUCGGGCUGCGGCUCCGUGCGCCUGCUGCACCCGCCGGGCCGGGGCGCGCCCGCCGCCGCACACCACCACCUGCACAUCGCCGGCAGCCCAAUGGUAGUUGGCAUGUUGUGGGAAGUGACAGACCUUGAAGUAGAUAAGGUGGUGAGUACGCUGUUGUCGCUGUACGUGCCAUCGACUGCACCGCUUCCCUGGGCCGCUGUGGGGAAGGCGAAAUGGAGCCAGGGGAUUUUGGAUACAACGGCUGAACCAAAGUCACAAUUCGUGCCAGAACCAAAUCUUCUCCUGGCAAUAUCACGGGCAAGGGGUUCUUCCAACUUCGUGAUGAUUGCUAGCAGCGUAGUGGCCAGGGGACUGCCAAUGAGGAUAGGGGCGUAAUUAAUGUUGAUAAUCAGUGGUAACUGCUGGUAGUUAGUUAUAAGGUAGUUCGUUUAUAUGUAAUUUUAAAUGAUAAGCAAUUUUUUUUUAAAUGUUGUAGGUAGGAGAUUUUGCUUCGUGAUGAUAUUAUUUCAUUUUUAAAAGCAAGUAAUACCAUGGAACAAUAAUAAGGGAGAAAGCUAAUCUCCAUAUUUCAGAUCGUAGUUCUGAAAAAGGCCGAAAUUCUAUAUCAUAUCCAGAUGGCGCUUAUCAAUAGCCUGGAAGUAGUUCAUAUUAUGUAAAUGUAAGAAGUCACUUUCUCUCUCGCCUGUCUUCAUGUUUUCAUACCUUACAUUGAUUACAUGUGACAGUCAUAUAAACUACUAUUUUGAACGUUGACAAAUAUGUGUGUCACUAGAUGGCAUUGUGUGUUACAAACUAAUUUAAAAAUUAACGCAAAUUUAGUAGCAAAAGAGCUCCUUGUGAAAGACGUCGUCC